GAUAUUUCUAUGCGACAUCAAAGCGGCUGGAGAAAACCCUCGGCAGGUUUCUCAUUCGAAUUGCCUCAAAUUUACAGAACCCGGAGAAGGAGAAGAAGGGAUGCCGGGAUUGACGUGCAACGCUUGCAACAAGGAAUUCGUGGACGAGGUUGAGCAAAAGCUCCAUUAUAAAUCCGAAUGGCACCGUUACAAUCUCAAACGCAAGGUGGCAGGGGUUCCUGGAGUGACUGAAACACUCUUCCUGGCUAGGCAGUCUGCACUUGCAGAAGAAAGAAGAAAGUUAGAUGAAACUCCCAUGGUUUAUAGUUGUGGCCUCUGUGGCAAGGAAUAUAGAAGUCCUAAAGCCCAUGCGCAGCACCUAAAAUCUAAGAGUCACUUAAUGCGAGCUUCUGAAACGCCCACCAGCAAUGGUGCGGGGAGCACAAUAAUUAAGCCUCUUCAACGCCGUGUUCCAAAAGAGCCUCUACGUCAACCAGUGCAAGAAGAUGACGAAAGUGAAGACAGUGAAUGGGAAGAGGUUGAUCCUGAAGAAGACUUGGUUGGUGAAGCCAGUGACUCCUUUACACAACUUAAGGUAAAUGAGAAUCCUUCUAAUGAUGACAUGGAUGAAGAUGAGGAUGGUGAUGAUGACUUUGAAGGUUUGGAUCCUUCUUGUUGCUUUAUGUGCGAUCUGGAGCAUGAUACAAUAGAGAGCUGUAUGGUACACAUGCACAAGCAGCAUGGGUUCUUCAUCCCCGACAUUGAGUAUUUGAAAGAUCCUAAGGGUUUUCUUACUUAUCUCAGCCUCAAGGUUAAACGGGAUUACAUCUGUCUGUACUGUAAUGAGAGAUGUCAUCCUUUCAGUAGUUUGGAGGCCGUCCGAAAGCAUAUGGAGGCUAAAGGUCACUGCAAGGUGCACUAUGGUGAUGGAACUGAAGAUGAGGAAGCAGAACUAGAAGAAUUUUAUGAUUACAGCAGCAGUUAUGUGGAUGCAGAUGGGAAUCAACUAGUUGCAGUUGAUGACACGCAGAAAGCUGUUGAACUCGGUAGUGGUGGUGCUGAGCUAAUUAUAACCAGACAAAAUAAUGGUUCAACAUUGACCAAAAUGCUUGGAUCAAGGGAAUUCUUGAGAUAUUACCGUCAGAAACCACGUCCUACACCUGCAAAUAAUGCUAUCACAGCUGCAUUAGCCUCAAGGUACAAGAGCAUGGGUCUAGCAACCGUGCAGUCAAGAGAGCAUGUAGUCCGGAUGAAAGUAAUUAAGGCAAUGAACAAGUCUGGGAUUGAGGCCAUGCGCUCUAAGAUUGGUAUGAAGAGCAAUGUAAUACGCAACCUCCCCAAGAACGUUCCGUAUUAAUCCUUGAGCUUGUUCUCUGAUUCAAACUUUGGCCGUAAUGGACCAGAGUGUUGUAUCUCACACAUGGACCAUCUUUUUCUCCUUUUUCCUUGGAGAAGUUCUGAAUUUGCAGCAAUUUUUAUUCACCGGUUAACAUAUAUAAGUUUUGAUGUACAAUACUUCAACCUUUCUUUCUGUUUUGGUUGAUGAUUCAUAUAAUACUUCUACGUUCAGUAUCAAUGUUCGGCCCCGCUCGGCCUGAAGUUUUUGAAA